AUGGUUCUCUCAAGCGAUAUCUCUGCUCAGAAAUUGCCCGAGCUCAAGGUGAUUUGUCCAAACAAGUUGAUUGAUGUCGAUGAGGCGCUGAGAGAAGAUCCUAAUCUCGUUCUUGAGGCCUUGAUCAAGGCGUUUCUUUCCCUGCAAGUGGACGAAGACACCCUUACCCGAAUUCGACUUGGAGAUCGAUUCCGUCGUUCACUUCAGGCUAAGAGGCAAACUACACCGUAUCGUCUCCAUACUAUUGUCGCAGAGUGUAAGGCUGGAACAGUAGACGACACAUCGUUAGAAGCGAAGUUUUUCACGCACGGUGGGGUUCGCGCCGUGACAGCUCUCGCCGCAGCAGCAACGGAUGACAAACAGGUCGUGAAACAGCUCAAAGGUCUUCCAGAGAUUCAGCUGCAAUCAUUUUUGAUGACGGUUGAUGUCAUCAAACCUCAUCCAGAUUUCCUGUUCAUCGUUGAGACGCUGGAUAGAAAAAAACCAGCAAGAUUAUCAAAACGGAAGCAUAUCCCAGAGCCGCGCUCCCGUCGGCGUUUGCACGAUGGAGAUAUUACUGGCGUUUUCCCACAACAAUCACCAGCUAACUCUGGCACUAAAUGUCAUCAACGGGGGCACUCAAGAAACUCGGCCAUCAGUUAUGUUGGAAAUGACAAUCAGCGCUCACUCGACGAUGGUGACACCAGUGGGAUGAACGUAUUUUCCCCCUCACAGAGGAACCGAAUGACAAAUCGUCCAAGUCAUGCUGGCACAUGCGGUGUGCCAGCCAUCAGCACACGUAAUAGCCAGGGCCACCCUGUCGUUGUGGAGCCUAAUCAAUCAAUGACAAACAUACUAGUUUCGGACGCUGCAACUGAUCCUAUAUUGACGUUCGCGCCGUACAGCUCAGCACAGACAGGUCGCACAUUUCCGCAGGAUAAUCAUUUUCCAGCUGCUAUGCCCAGCAUUUCAACGAUUUGGAAAAAUGGUGGCUAUGAUGAGAAUGCUGAGGAUUCUGACUUCGAGCAUUAUGGCAUCGAUAUGGACAACUUCACCGCUUUGUAA